AUGUUACGUAUUUUCGUUUUCUUCAGCAUUUUUAUCUUGGUUAAUUGUGCUACUGAAUAUAGUAAUUUAAAUCAAUUGAUAAAAAAUGAAUACGGUUUCACAACAACAGCGGCAACCACUGUUGCCAGUACUCCUAUGGCUGCCAUUUACAAUGUUCAACGAACUGAUUAUAAUAGAGUUAAUAAAAUCAUUAAAGAAAAUAUGGAAUACUUUAUUCCUACAGUGGGAUUUCUUAUUGUAGCUAUUCUAACAAUUAUUUAUCAACUUCUUAAAAAAUGCUAUGUAAACGAUUGUCGUUGUAAAAUCAACUGGUUCAAAGUUAAGCGACCAGCUGAAUACAGACGUCGUAUACAAAAUAUCCGACACGCACAAAUAGUACUCAAUCAAAUUUAUCAACAACCGUCUUCCAUGAUUUAUUCUCUAGCUUGA